UGUGCGGUUGUAUUGACUCAUGUUAUGUGCAAUACGUUUGUAAAGCAUUGAUGUUUUGGUAAACAUUUCGUAACGAUUUGUAAAUCAAUUUUGAAUUGUCUUUUCGUUGGAAGAGUUGAUAACUGAAGAGAUCUGAUCACCUGAUUAUCAGCUCUUGUGUUAUAACCGACACAACAAUACAAACAAGCGAUGGAUCCAAACGCUGGCAAAGAUCAGGCGUCGGUUCAGCCCAAACAGCCCAUGGUUUACAUCUGCGCCGAGUGUCAUCACGACAAUGAGAUCAAACCUAAGGACCCGAUUCGGUGUCGAGAGUGUGGCUACAGAAUCAUGUAUAAGAAGCGCACCAAACGAUUGAUAGUAUUCGACGCGCGAUAGAGUGUCCGCUCAGUCCAACCGAUGUCCUAAUUGUCAGUUGAGUGUUAUCUCCGAGAAUAUUGUUUGGACAUCAUAUGUGAACUCGUAUUCAGACAUCAUAUCCUCCACUUGCUAUCAAUCACACAAUUGAAAUGAAUUGUCAAUUAUUUUAUGUAUAAAAUUAUUAAAUUAUAAAAUUAACCGCAAAUACUAUAGUGUAGUAAUCAAUUCAAACAAA